UAUCGCGGGACUUUAAAAUGUCUUGAACGAUCAAAAUGUUCUAUACCCAUUUAAUUUGUAAACAAGAAUUAAAAUUCUCACCGGUGUGCUUUUUAUCCAUAUGAACAGCCCCCAAGAUAGUUCGGAAAUUCUUUCUUGAAAAGCAAUCUUCGAAAAUUAUUUUACAACUUGUUGUUUGAAAGUACAAACUUUUCUUACUGAGAUUUUAUAAGUGUAAACUUUUCUAAACUCCAAGCAUGAAAGCAAUGCAUAAAAUAAAGGUAGCAAUGAUUCAAAUGAAAGUAGGAACUGAUAAGGCAAACAAUAUUGCACAUGCUCAAGAACUCAUAAAACAAGCAGCAUCAAAGAAUGCUCGACUGAUUUGUCUUCCGGAAUGUUUUAACUCUCCCUAUGGGAUACAACACUUUCCAUCAUAUGCUGAAAUGGUUCCUGGUGAAACCAGUCAAAUGCUAUCUACUAUGGCUAAAGAUCAUUCCGUAUAUUUAUGUGGGGGUUCUAUACCUGAAAGAGACCAUGAUCAUUUAUACAACACAUCUUUAGUUUAUGGGCCUAAUGGAGAUCUGGUUGCUAAACAUCGAAAAGUGCAUUUGUUUGAUGUUGAUGUUCCAGGGGGUAUCAAGUUUAAAGAAUCAGAUGUUUUGAGUCCUGGCAACAAGUUGACAGUAUUUAAUGUUGAUACAUUAAAAGUUGGACUUGGGAUAUGUUACGAUAUUCGGUUUCCAGAAAUGUCUUCCAAAUACUCAGAUGAAGGUUGCCAGCUACUUCUUUAUCCAGCUGCGUUUAAUAUGACCACUGGACCAAAACAUUUUCAACUUCUUCAACGAGCAAGAGCUAUGGACCAUCAGCUCUAUGUAGCAACUUGUUCUCCAGCUCGCGAUGAGACAGCAUCCUACAUCGCUUGGGGAUACAGUGCUGUUUGCAAUCCAUGGGCUGAGGUAAUUGCUGAGGCUGGUCAUGUAGAAGAAAUCAUCUAUGCUGAAAUAGACACUGAAUUAUCGGAUACCGUUCGGAAAGCCAUACCAGUGCGUAACCAAAAGCGUCAUGAUUUGUAUUGAUUGUCGAUCGAGUAAAAAAAAAUUGUCAGAAACAAUUGAUAGUAAUUUAACGAUUUAUUUCGGUUGUGUAAUUCUUCGCAACUAGUUUUUGUAUUUCCUCGCAACAAAGUUCUGUCCGACAAUGCUUCUGGUGGUUACCGUCACCAAUGGCAAUGGUGGUUACCAUAGUAACGAUCUUUGUAACUUUUAUGCUUACUACUUGUAUAUCGACAGCCUUUUGCAUUUUUUACAUAAAAAAUAGUUUUUUGUGAUUAUCUUAAUGUGUAACAAAUAACUUUUGCUUUA